AUGGCGUGGUCCGUGGCCCGGGCAGGUUUGAUGGCUCUACUGAUGAUCCAGUGGGGUUCUGCCAUAAAACUAGUCUGUUACUUCUCCAACUGGGCCCAGUACAGAGAGGGGGUGGCUCGCUUCUUGCCCAGGGAUGUGGAUGCCAGCCUGUGUACCCACCUCAUCUAUGCCUUUGCCGGCAUGAACAAUCACCAGCUCAGCUCCGGGGAGUGGAACGACGAGGCUCUCUACCAGGAGUUCAACGGCCUGAAGCAGAUGAAUCCCAAGCUGAAGACUCUGUUAGCCAUCGGGGGCUGGAACUUCGGCACUCAGAAGUUCACAGAUAUGGUGGCCACGGCCAACAACCGUCAGACCUUUGUCAACUCGGCCAUCAAGCUUCUGCGCAAAUACAGCUUUGAUGGCCUUGACCUUGACUGGGAGUACCCAGGUAGCCGGGGGAGCCCCGCGGUGGACAAGGAGCGCUUCACAGCCUUGGUGCAGGACUUGGCCAGAGCCUUCCAGCAGGAAGCCCGGACCUCAGGGAAGGAACGACUCCUUCUGAGUGCGGCAGUCCCAGCUGGGCGAGUCCAUGUGGAGGCUGGAUAUGAGGUGGACAGAAUUGCUCAGAACUUGGAUUUCAUCAACCUCAUGGCCUAUGACUUCCACGGCUCGUGGGAGAGAGUCACAGGACAUAACAGUCCCCUCUACAAGAGGCAGGGAGAGAGUGGCGCAGCGGCCGAACUCAACGUGGAUGCUGCUGUGCAGCAGUGGCUGCAGAAGGGGGCCCCUGCCAACAAACUGAUCCUUGGCAUGCCCACCUACGGACGGACCUUCACCCUGGCCUCCUCGUCAGACACCACAGUAGGGGCCCCAGUCACAGGGCCUGGCACUCGCGGCCCCUUCACUAAGGAGGCAGGGGUGCUGGCUUACUAUGAGGUCUGCUCCUGGAAGGAGGCCAGCAAGCACAGAAUCAAGGACCAGGAGGUUCCCUAUGCCUUCCAGAACAACCAGUGGGUGGGCUUUGAUGAUGCGGAGAGCUUUAAAGCCAAGGUCAGCUAUCUGAAGCAGAAGGGCCUGGGCGGGGCCAUGGUCUGGACACUGGACUUGGACGACUUUGCUGGCUUCUUCUGUGGCCAGGGCCAGUACCCCCUCAUCCAGACGCUGCGGCAGGAGCUGAGUCUUCCAAGCAUGCCUUUAAGCCCCCUCAAGCCUCGAGUUCCCCCACCGGGUCAGCCUUCAGAACCUGAGCAUGGUCCCAGCCCUGGACAAGACACCUUCUGCCAGGGCAAAGCUAAUGGGCUCUACCCCAACCCUCAGGAACGGUCCAGCUUCUACAGCUGUGCAGGCGGGCGGCUAUUCAAACAAAACUGCCCGGCAGGCCUGGUGUUCAGCUCCUCCUGCAAAUGCUGCACCUGGAAUUGA